AUGAGCCAACUCGAAUUGAUCACCUCAGCAAAUCAGGCUUUCUUAGAAGCAAAUCCCGAGUUAACAAAACUUAAUAAAGCACCACAGCGUCAUAUUGCUAUUGUUACAUGCAUGGAUACUCGCUUGGUUAAUUUUGCCGAAGAUGCGAUUGGCGUAAAGAGAGGUGAGGCAACAGUUAUUAAGGCCGCAGGUAAUGGAAUAUGGACUACUGGACUUAGCGAUAUUGUAGUUUCGCUCUUAGUAUCAAUUUAUGAACUUGGAGUUCAAGAAAUUUUUAUUAUGGGCCAUGAAUGCUGCGGAAUGACCCAUGCAUCUACAGAUUCUCUAGGUGCACAAAUGCUUAAGUCAGGAAUUAAACCCGAGGACAUUGAAAAGUUUAAAUCAGAUCUAUCCAAAUGGGUUGAUGAUUUCAAAGAUCCUAUUGAUAACAUUAAAAAUUCUGUUAGAUGUGUACGCGAAAACCCAUUGAUUCCAAAGAAUAUUCCAAUCCAUGGAUUACUUAUCCAUCCAGAUACUGGAAAAGUUACAACUAUUAUUAAUGGUUAUUGA